ACGGCAGUGUGUGGUCACACGUGUUGUCAUCGCAUGGAAGCCCGCUACAGCGAGAAGUGCAGCGAGUCGGUCAAACUUAGUAUUUGAAGCAACAUGUCGUUCAGAGGGGGAGGAGGAGGACGAGGCGGUGGAAGAGGUGGAGGUUUUAACCGAGGUGGUGGAGGAGGCAGAGGAGGGUUUGGAGGAGGCAGAGGCGGCGGAGGAUUUGGACGAGGUGGUGGAAGAGGUGGCUUCAACAGACAGCAAGACUAUGGUCCUCCGGAAUAUGUUGUCGCACUCGGAGAAUUCAUGCAUCCAUGUGAAGAUGACAUUGUGUGCAAGUGUACAACAGAAGAAAACAAAGUUCCAUACUUCAAUGCCCCAGUGUACCUGGAAAACAAGGAGCAGAUCGGAAAAGUGGAUGAGAUAUUCGGCCAGCUCCGGGACUUCUAUUUUUCAGUCAAACUUUCUGAAAAUAUGAAGGCGUCUUCGUUUAAGAAAUUACAAAAGUUUUAUAUCGAUCCAAUGAAGCUCCUCCCUUUGCAAAGAUUCCUCCCGAGGCCACCAGGAGAGAAGGGGCCGCCAAGAGGAGGCAGAGGAGGGGGUAGAGGUGGAGGAAGAGGCGGUGGCCGUGGCGGUGGCUUCCGAGGCGGCAGGGGUGGAGGAUUUGGCGGCGGCAGGGGCGGAGGAUUCGGAGGCGGACGCGGUGGUGGAGGAUUCGGAGGCGGACGUGGUGGAGGCUUCAGAGGAGGAAGAGGAGGAGGAGGAGGUGGUGGACGUGGAUUUAGAGGUGGGAAGUGAUGUGACUGAGGGUCUGGCAAGAUCACAACAACCUUGUCUUCACUUCCUCCUGCUCAAAGGCUGCGGUCCACGUCAGCUCACGGCUUGUUGGACUCGUAUGGACAUUGCCUCCAUUUGUAGAACUUGAGUGGAGUUUUUUCUUUUUUCUUUUAUUUUACCAGUUUUGGAUGAGUGAUGGAUCUUCAUUGUUUUUUUUAUUUAAAAGGUUCAUAUGUAUGUAUGUGUGUACCAUAACAGGGACCUUUUUAGCUUGUUAUCGAGGGUGUUUCUAAGCUUUUGUAACAAGGUUUACCCUCAUUCUGUGCUGACUAUGUUAAAAAUGUUUGAUUAAGAUUCCAAGAAACAUGUUCACAAACCUCCGUGUACUAGUUUCCUUUUAUAGAGGAAACUUUGUGCGAAGUCAGACUGUAUUCAUUGUUAGCUGAAAAUAUUUUCAUACUCGGUUUGUAAUAUUUUAAGAUAAAUAUUGAUGCGUUUUUGUUGAAGGCCUUGAUUAAAAGGUGCUUUGUAA